AUGCCUACGGCCAUCAGCCCUCCUGCCUCUCCGGCGCCGCCUUCGACCUCACCCAUCAAGGCCGUCCUCCCCCGCCGCGCCAAGGCUGUUGCUGCCGCUGAUGGCAUCGCCGCCGCCCUUCCCUCUGCCCGACCGCAGAGUGCGACCACCAUCCCCGCGACGACGGCAAGCCUGACCACCGGCUCCACCGCCGCGAGCUCCGAGGUCCCUAGCCCGGCUGAACUGGAGAGUGGGGGUGGCCCAUCAAACACCUCUGCUUCCGGGUCUGGCGAGGCGCGUGAUGCGGGACCAGGCGAGCUCAGGCCAAGUGGCAAUAGCGACCUGGCUGUUCCCAACGUGCGAUUGUCACCCGCCUCGGUUGCUGCCGGCAGUAACACGCCGGCUAGUGGAGCCGGAUCACAACACGCUGCUAGCGCUGUGCCGACGCCCGUUGGAGACGAUGCAGCCGGCACCGCUACGUCGACGACUGCUUCUGGCCGCGUGACGCCAGCGACCACCCACGGCGCGAGCAUGCUGGCGCAGGCGGCUAGAAGAGGAAUGGUCGAGGAGGACAAGGACGAGCAUCCUCUGUCGGACCGGAAACUGGCCGAACGGGGGUACCACACUAUCCACGCGAUGAACCACCUCUUCCACGUCCCGGACCGAUGGCGCCUACUUCGACCCCUGGGACAGGGAGCGUACGGCCUCGUCGUUUCCGUUCAGGACACGGUUUCCGGAGAGCCGGUCGCCAUCAAGUGCAUCACGCGAGUGUUCGACAAGCCCAUCCUCGCCCGCAGGGCGCUGCGUGAGAUCACGCUGCUGAGACACUUUGGAGAACACGAGAACCUGACGGGUCUGAUUGAUCUGGACAAUGUUUGGGACGGGUACAACGAGAUUUAUCUCUACAUGGAACCCAUGGAGGCGGAUCUGCACCAGAUCGUGCGAAGUGGCCAGCCUUUGAGCAACCUGCACAUCCAGUUCUUCCUGUACCAGCUCCUCCGCGGCGUCAAGUACAUCCACUCGGCAAACGUGAUCCACCGCGACCUGAAGCCGGGCAAUCUUCUCGUCAACAGCGACUGCGAGCUGAAGAUUUGCGACUUUGGACUCGCACGAGGGUACCAGCCCGUGACGGGCGAGGCUCCCCAGAACGAGGAGCUCAGGAUGACCGAGUAUGUUGCAACCCGCUGGUACCGUGCGCCCGAGAUCAUGCUGUCCAACAAGCGGUACACGUCGGCGAUUGAUGUCUGGUCGAUUGGGUGCAUCCUCGGCGAGCUUCUCGGUCUCAAGCCGCUCUUCAAGGGCAAGGAUUACGUGGACCAGCUCAACCUCAUCUUGAACGUGCUUGGCACCCCGGACGACGAGACACUGCAGCGCAUGUCGUCCGAGAAGGCGCGCAUGUACAUGGCCACCCUGCCCCACAGCGAGAAGCGUGACCUCGCCGAGGUGCUUCCGGGCGCCGAUCCUGCCGCCCUCGACCUCCUCGCCCAACUGCUGUCCUUUGACCCUUCAAAACGUAUCGACGUGGUGCAGGCGCUGGAGCACCCGUACGUCGGCGCUUACCACGACCCAUCCGACGAGCCGACGUGCGAGCCCUUUAACCAGUGGGAGCAGGUCGAGGGUCUUGAGACGACCGAGGAGCUCAAGGCCGCUCUCACAAAGGAGAUCAUCGAGUACCGGGCCGAGGUCCGAGGCAUGGCCGAGCAGGACAUGCUUGACGAGCUCGAGCAGCAGCGGCAGCAGCAGAGCCAGCACCUCGCCGUCCAGCCGUCGGCUGACGUCAACAUGUCCCAGGGCAAGCGUGUGGCUGACGAGGACCUGUACGUCGACGCCGCCAAGCGGCAAGUGGUUGAGGAUUCGGACGACGAGGACUCGCCUGUCGUCAUCAAGUCCAAGCUGGGUCUCGCGGCGCAGGCGGGACGGUCACCGCGCAUCGGCGGACGGAAACGGCUCGAGUCGGAUGCGUCCGUGCGUUCCGUGGCGUCGGUCGCAUCGGCCGUGUCUUCCUCCUCGGGCGCCUCUGUUGUUCCGGGCUCGCAAAUCGUCGCCGGGCCGCGGCAUAGGCGCUCCUCGUCGCGGUCCUCGGUUCGCCGCUCGAUGAGCCUGUUCGGCACGGUCGGCGGCAUGGCCGCGCUGGCCAUGACGGCCGCCACGCCCAAGAAGGAGGAGGAGGACACGGCGUCCGAGGGCAUCUACUCGUCCAUGGUCGAGCGGCGCAACCGCGCCGCCAGCAAUACGACCGUGGACUCGCUGCGCCCCCUGAUCCGGCAUCUGAGCACGACGUCGCUCGCGGAUCUCGGCAUCAAGAGUCCCGAUGCGCUGACGGAUGACGAGCCGCUGAUCCGGCACUCGCCGCAUCACUCGCCGCGGCCGAGUGGGCUCAGGAGAGGACGGUCCCGCAGCAAGUUUGAGGUCGGCGAGCCGGAGAGCGCAUAG